AUGGACAGUUUGGAAGCUUUUGAAAAGGCGCUUGCUGCCGAAAAGGCCGAGGAAGAACGCGCCGCCCGUGAAAAAGAAGAACGGCGCGAACGAAAACAUAGGCACCACCAUCGUCGCGAUCGCUCUUCAGAACGCGACCGAACGAGCGAGAGACACAGGCACCGCGAUUCAGAGAGGGAUAGAGACGACCGCAGUGGGCGCAAUGGAGACAAAGAUAAGCGCAGCCAUCACCGAUCUCGAGACGAUGAUCCGGACGAGGACAAGCACCGUCACAAACGCUCACGCCAUUCCCGCGACGACCCAGAAGAAGAAUCUAGGCAUCGGCAUAGGCACCGGCACAGAUCAAGAGAGCGCUCCAGAGGCGGAGAGGAGAAAGGCCGCGAAAGGCGGGGGACAAGAGAGAUCAGGGACCUCAAAUUAUCGGACCCCAAGGAGGAUCUUCCCAUUCCCGACGAAGAGAAGACCCCGGCCAACGCUACGCCCCUUCUUCGAGACUCCUGGAUGACGGCGCCCUCGGCAUUGGAUAUUGACUACGUUCAAAGAGGAGGGAAGCGGAAGAGUCCGUCACCCGUGAGAGAAGAACCACCAAGGGUGUUACACAAGCGGGAGCUCAAUCGAGGCCUGGGCGAGGUGCAGAGCCGUGAGCAAAGUGAAGAAUCUAGCACGAGGGAAGUGAGCUACAAAUUUGGCGACGAGGGAUCGCAGUGGAGGAUGACGAAACUCAAGGCGGUGUACACCAUUGCGGAGCAAACAAACCGACCGGUUGAUGAGGUUGCCGAGGAGAGAUUUGGUAGCCUGCGGGACUUUGACGAAGCUAGGGAAGAGAAGGUGGAGAUGGAUAGGCGUGGCGUGUACGGCGAAGGCUACGUCGGCAAAGAGAAGCCGACCGGUGAGCUGUAUGUGGAGCGACUGGCGACGGCUCGGCGGGCACCCGCCCGCUCUCCAUCUCCAGAACCUGAGCAGGGCAUGGUUAUCGAGGAUAUGAUUCAUCCGGCCCCCCCAAUGGACCAGUCCGCCCUCAAUCGCAUGCGUGCUCAGCUGAUGAAGGCGAAACUUCGCAACGCCCCCGAUGCCUCGAAGCUCGAAGCAGAAUACAACGCCGCCAUGGCCGCCUUCAGCACUGGCGCCGCCUCGAACAACGCCGUCGUCCUCGACGCUUCCCACAACCGCAUGCUCGCCGGUAGCCGCGGCGAAGUCAAAGCAGUCACCACCAAGCGCGGCGUCGAGCGCGGUCAGGUUGAGGCGAACGAAGACAUGUCCAUCGACGACAUGCUCCGCGAAGAGCGCCGCACGCGCGGACAAGCCGGGGGCGAAGGGCUCCGGCUCGCCGAGCGCAUCGCCAAAGACGCGCGCUUCGACAAUGACCUCGAGUACCUCGACGAAAACGCCGCCAAGCUCGCCAAGCGCGUCCACAAGACCGACUCCUCCCUCAAAAACAUCGCCGUGACCGAAUACAAAAAACUCAACCGCAUCCUCGACACCUGCCCGCUCUGCUUCCACGAAGACCGCGCCCCACCGCAACACCUCCCCCUCGCCCCGGUCAUCGCCCUCGCAACCCGCACCUACCUAACCCUCCCCACCGCCCCCGAACUCACCGGCGCCGAAGGCGGCGCGGUCAUCGCCCCGCUCAGCCACCGCACCAACCUCCUCGAAUGCGACGACGACGAGUGGGAGGAGCUCCGCAACUUCAUGAAGAGCCUGACGCGGGCGUACCACGAGCAGGGGCGCGAGGUUCUGUUCUACGAGAACGCGGCCGCGCCCCACCGGCGCCAGCACGCCGUCCUGGUGGCCGUCCCCGUCCCCUACGACCUCGGCGCCACCGCGCCCGCCUUCUUCCGCGAGGCCAUGCUCGCCGCCGACGAGGAGUGGGCGCAGCACCGCAAGAUUAUUGAUACGGGGAAGCGGGCGCGCGAGGGGCUGGGGAAGCUGGCGUUUCGGAGGACACUCGCGCGCGAGAUGCCGUAUUUUCAUGUGUGGUUUGAUUUGGAUGGGGGGUUGGGCCAUGUGGUGGAGGAUGCGGAACGCUGGCCCAAGGGGGAUUUGUUUGCGCGUGAGAUCAUUGGGGGGAUGUUGGAUUGCGAGCCGGAUGUGAUUAAGCGGCAGGGGCGGUGGUCGAGGAAUGAUGACCGGGUGGAGGGGUUCAAGAAGAGGUGGCGGAAGUUUGACUGGACGAGGGUGCUCACCGAGGCUGGGCAGUGA